CUGCCUCAGGUCGCGGCGCACGACCAGGAGGAGGACUGCUACAUCAUCAUCGGGAACAAGGGCAACGGCGGCCCCAAGGUCUACGACGUCACCAAGUACCUCGAGGACCACCCGGGCGGUUCCGAGGUCAUCUGCGAGCUCGCGGGCAAAUACGCCGACGACAUGUUCGAGGACAUCGGCCACUCGAACGAAGCGCGAAAGCAGCUCAAGGAGUUCCUCGUCGGCCCGCUCAAG